CUUCCAGUUCUAGGUGCUUCAGGAGCCACGGCUUAGGUGCAGACAUGGGCAAGUCCAAGAACCACACCACACACAACCAGUCCCGAAAAUGGCAUAGAAAUGGUAUUAAGAAACCCCGAUCACAAUGAUACGAAUCUCUUAAGGGGGUGGACCCCAAGUUCCUGAGGAACAUGUGUUUUGCCAAGAAGAACAACAAGAAGGGCCUAAAGAAGAUGCAGGCCAGCAAUGCCAAGGCCAGGAGUGCAGGUGCCAAGGUGAUCGAGGCCCUCGUAAAGCCCAAAGAGGUUAAGCCCAAGAUCCCAAAGGGUGUCAGCUGCAAGCUCGAUCAACUUGUCUACAUUGCCCACCCCAAGCUUGGGAAGCACGCUCGUGCCCGCAUUGCCAAGGGGCUCAGGCUCUGCUGGACAAAGGCCAAGGCCGAGCAUGAAACCAAGGCCCAGGCAGCAGCUCUGGCUUCAGUUCCAGCUCAGGCUCCCAAAGGUGCCCAGGCCCCUACAAAGGCUUCAGAGUGGAGAUCUCAGUCUGCCAACGUGAGGACAGAAGGACUGGUGUGA